CAUGAUGACAAUUCAUUACAUCAUUGAGCAAAUAGUACAUAAAAUGAAUAAUUAAAUAAACUACGAAGUAUUUUCUUUUAUGUUUUCAUGAUAAAAAUGAUAAGAAAAGAAAACAAAAUAUUAUAUGAUAAUUUCUUUAGGUAAUAUACUUGAUGCUCAAAAUCUUGAUCGUUUAAAUCAAAAUGGUAUUACACAUAUUGUAAAUUCAACACCAGAUUUACCAUUAUUCUGGGAAAAAGAAUGUCAAUAUAUGCGAGUUGAUGUACUUGAUUUACCAUCUGAAAAUAUUCGAAAAUAUUUUGAUAAAACAUUUCAAUUUAUUGAUGAAGCAUUGCAUAUAAAAACUAACAAUGUUCUUGUUCAUUGUUCAGCUGGUAUUAGUCGUAGUCCAACAUUGGUACUUGCUUAUAUGAUAAAAAAAUAUCAUAUGACAUUAGAUGAAGCAUUUAAUAAAAUGCGUCAAUUACGUCAAAUAGUUGAUCCUAAUAUUAGUUUUAUUGUACAAUUAAGAGAUUGGGAAAAAUUAAAUCAAAUGACAACAACAACAACAACAACCAUUGAAUCAACUGAUGAUAAUAAUAAUAAUAAUAAUAUGACUUGUACUAGCACAAGAUCAACAUCAAAUAGUAUAUAUUGUGGUUCAACAUCGAAAACUAAGACAGAUAAGAAAUCACGUACAGAAUCAGCUAUUAUUGUUACUUAG